AUGGUCAACAACACAUUUAUGCUGCUCCCUCACCGCCACAUUCACUGGCCAUAAUUGCUCACAGUGCCACAUGGAUGCAGUUGACAUGGCAACCACCAGAAUACUCACAUCCUCAUGAGAAAAUUACCUACAGAGUUUAUCACAAGCCGACCAAAGCAGAAAAAUUCAAUAAAAUUGAGACGAGAGUUGCAUGGCUGCGCAUGGGUAAUUUGAAGCCAAGUUCACAGCAUAUUUUGUACGUUGAAGCUGUGGGAGAAAAGGCAACAUCAAUGCCAUCAGAAACUCUUGUGUCCUGGAGGGAUCCCGCCUUACCAGCCUUUGUGGAUCCUCCUACGGUACAUCCUGCUGACAAUAUACCUGAAAGUGGUUCCAUGACCAUACUUUGUCCGGGAAAUCCUGCUCCCACUAUUUCAUUAUAUGUCGGUGGACAUUUAGUACGCCAAGAUGCCUCAAGACAUAUGGUUACAGUUAUCCAUAAUGUAACUGCAGAUAUGGAACAUGUUUCGUGUUAUGCCGAUAACGGAUAUGGUGUGCCAAUGCAGGCAACACGGAAAGUUAAUAUAUGCUAUCCCCCCAAAAUCCAAGCCGCCGGCAUAACAGUGGCCUCGGUGGGCAAUGAAGUUGAACUGCGUUGUCUAGUCGAUUCGAAACCCAAACCAAAAACCAUUUUCUGGCGUGAUCAUGAUGGCCGUAUACCGGUCAUUGAGGGUGGCAAUUAUCACAUUAUGGAACGUAUCAAUGAAUCACAUCCGAAUUUAUAUACCAUGGUGUUGCGCAUUCACAAACUACAAGCAAGUGAUGUUGGCGACUAUUUCUGUCAUGCUGAAAAUCCAUAUGGUUCAAAGACCAUACCGGUAUCGGUACGUAUGCGCACCACCCCCGCCCUCAAUCAUAAUGUUACGGAAUGUUGUGCCCAGCUGAAUGUUUCGAUGACAUGCCGCAGUGCCUGCAGCUAUUAUGUUGAUAUUGAUGCUAUAGCUGAUAAACAUGAAUGUAUUGUUGAAUUUGAUAAAAUGAUGCGUUGUGCCGCUGAUGGUUCAGAUCAUCGUAGUUGUUGUGCUGAUUCAAAUGUACCACGUAAAUGUCUGAAUUGGUGUCGCGGAGAGCCGGUGCGUUCCAAAGAGAUUUGUAGUUUGCAGUAUGCAAGAACUAUUGUGGGAUGUUUUGAAUCAAAUCGGGAUCGUUUACCAGGACCACCAGAAAAUAUUUCCGUUAGUGUAAUAUCGGAUAGUGAGGUGGUUAUAAA